UCACUAAAGCCACUACGACCGCAGCUUUAAUGACAGAAGGACCGAAACUCUCCAGCUGAAGGACCACCUCACACCUUUUAACCAAACACCCAACGGCCGGAACUUCCAAUCCAUCUUUGAUCAUGCACGCGCCAGAGCUCCAGUGCGCUUAGAGGCGAACCAGAAGUUGGAGAAGUCUGGGGGGAUCUCGCGGUAAAGGGGCUUAACUCAUUUUCCCAGCUUAAGGCAUGAACGUGUCUCACGGACUGCUGGCUCCAGCCAUGGCGGGAUCUCGCGUGCCCUUGGCGGACGAGCGCGAGCAGUUCCUCGGGCGCCUCGUGCAGAUCGCCGUGCUCUGCGUGCUCUCUCUGACCGUCAUCUUCGGCGUCUUCUUCCUCGGCUGCAACCUGCUCAUCAAGUCCGAGAGCAUGAUGAACCUGCUGACCGACGACCGGAGACCCUCCAAAGAAGCGGAGAUCAUGAUGAUCGCGGCGUGAGGAGAUCCAGGAGGACUUUUAGCGCUUAGGAUGAUUCACGGACCUGAAAAAUGGAGAAGAGCUGAACUUUUCUUCUCUCUGAGCCCUGAGGAGGAGGAUGAGAAGGAGGAGGAGGAGGUGAGGGAGGACAUGGACAUAGACUUGUUGAGCUUUAGCGUCAUCCCUGUUUCAGGACUGCCAAAAUACCAAAUGCAUGCUGAAGUACUAGUGAUGUUUUUUAAUAAACAGCGAUGAAUAUAGACGUUCUUGUAGUGAAAUCAGUGAAGUAAACUCUUCAAAAUGAGGGUGUCAAGAGGACAUAGAACAUGAACACUUUUGGUUCCCCAAAGAACCAUUUUUGCAAAUGAGAUGGCUGUGAAGAAACUUUUACACGUUUAAAGAAGGGCUGGGCGAUAUGACUGUAUAUAUCGUUAUCAUGAUAAAUUAGCACGAUACAAUACAUUAUGCAUAUGCAGUAUACAAUACAGAGCCAUGCUAGUGAUAUCCCAUGUAAAAAUAACACGUGGCUAUGCUGUAUUAACAUGUGGGAACGAGAUCUUAAUGCAUGGCUGCAACUUUGUAAGGCGUGGGAGCAAGAUAUUUAAGUUGCAAUCAUAACUUAGGUGUGGAAUGAGAUUGAGCCCUAUUAAGGUGUGGUCAAGGUUUAAUGAUCUCAUUCUCACACCUUACUAAGUUGUGGCCAUGCAUUAGGAUCUCGUUCCCAUGCCUUACUAAGUUGUGGCCAUGCACUUUGAAGAUCUUGUAACCACAUGUUAAUAUGGCAUGGCCACAGCUUAGUAAGGCAUGGGAACAAGAUAUUGAAGUCGUGGUCAUGACUUAGUGAGGCGCGGGAAUGAGAUCAUGCCUCAUUACGCUGUGGUCAUGGCUUAAUUAUUUCAUUCCCACACCUUACAAAGUCAUGGCCACACAUUAUUUUUGAUUAUACAGGAUGUCACCAGCAGGGCUCUGUGAACGUACAGUGACCAACUGCAUGUUUCAUUAUAAAGAGAGCAACGUUAGACCUUAACUGGAUUUAGUGCAACGCAAUCUGCCAAAUAAAAGUCAAUGUGUUCA